AUGGCCGAAAACGCCUCAAAAGAACCACGCAACACAGCUAAGAGUCCGUACUGCUGGGAUAUGAUGCGGUUACUCGACAAUGCCCGCAAAGAAGGUGAAUUGACAGAUGUUACUAUGCGAGUGGAAGGACAAACAUUCCCCGCUCACCGAUGUGUUUUGGCAGCCAGUAGCCAAUUCUUUCAUGGUUUAUUUACCAACGAUAUGAAAGAAAAAUCGGCGUCAAUCGUAAAUAUCGAAGGAAUUCCAGUUUCGGUGAUGAAUGAGCUCUUGUCUUACCUUUACACGGGAGAGGUUCAAAUGAGCGAGGCGAAUGUCGAUGAUCUGAUCGCAUCCGCGAACUACUUACUACUUCCCCGUCUAAAAAACAUCGCUUGCAAGUUUAAGGAGCGGCAUAUGUCGGCCACAAAUUGCGUUGCUACCUUUCUAUAUGCUGAGAAAUACGAUUGCAAGGAAUUGAAAACAUACGCUGGCGAAUUAAUCAAGCAGAACUUCGCGACGGUCGGCAAGUCCAAGGAAUUCGUGCAAAUUUCUUGUCAUCAAAUAAAGGAUCUUAUUUCAAGCGACGACUUAGUAACUGGAACCGAAGAAGAAGUCUUUGAAUUCAUUCUAGAAUGGAUCGCGCAAAAUCAAGACGAGAAGGAGCAACAUUUUGCGGAGCUGUUUAGACUCGUUCGACUGAGCAGCAUAUCCGAUCAAUAUUUGUACACAAAGCUUAUGUGCCAUGAACUAGUGCAGGCAAAUGGCGAGUGUAAGGAAAUAUUAAUGGACGAAAUUCGCUGGCGUGCCUUGUUCUCUGGACAACAGAUCUCCCGACAAAAACCAAGAACUUGUCUUCAGACUCAUGAAGAUGCAAUCAUCACAUGCGGUGGCCUGUCGCCAGAUGAACGCAUUCGCAACUUGACUGUGUGUUAUGUUCCGGCUACGAAAAUUUGGUACGAGUUGGCACCCAUGCUUAACAGACGGUUUCGCCAUGGUUUGGCUUCCUGCCGGGGAUAUGUUUAUGCUAUCGGUGGUAAAGGAGAAGACUCGGUCUACAACAGCGUAGAACGAUAUGACCCGCGUACAAACUCAUGGGGCUUUGUAGCACCACUGCCUCAGAGAGUGACAUUAAUGGGUGCAGCUACCUUACAAGGGCUGCUGUACGUCACUGGCGGGAUUGCGUUCAGCAGCGAGCACGGUGGUAGGCGUUGUGACACUGCGCAGAGGUACAACCCCUCGACAAACUCUUGGACUGUAGUUGCACCUCUAAAGAGACGCAAGUCCUCUGUUUGUCUCGUGUCAGACACUCACUAUUUGUAUUGCAUUGGUGGCUUGGCCGACGAUGGUUUCCUCUCUGACGUGGAUCGUUAUGAUCCAAAGUUGAACGUAUGGACACAGAUGGCUCCGAUAGGCGAACAGCGCGGGUGCGCUUGUGGAGUGUGCCUUGAAAACAAGAUUUACCUCUUUGGAGGUACUGUUGACCCAUUUUCUUUAAAUGCCCUUGUAAGUUGCGAGGUUUAUGAUAUUACUCUGAACGAAUGGCAAUCAAUCGCUCCCUUACAAGUUCCCAGAUUUCACGGAAGUGCAGUCCUUUUACGAGAUCAGGUAUACUUAUUUGGCGGAACCGGAAGUCAAAGUGUCGAUCGGCAGAAUUCUCGUAUGGUGGAGUGUUACGAUAUCAAGUCAAAUACCUGGCUCGAUGCUCAUUCUAUGCCAUAUAAUGAGACAUACUUCAGAGGAUGCCCAGUAAGCAUGUUUAAAGAUCUACUACAGUCUGUGAACAAAGUUACAACUCUUCCCCAAAGUAGUUAG